UGUGCGUGUGAGGAGCAGAUCCGGUCCGGUCUCUGAUGUCUUUUACCACGUUUUUUCGUCCUUCAACCACUUCACUUCAACAAGGUCUAUAGACUCUGUUCUGUUGUUAAAUACAAAGGACGGACAGCUUCUGUCAAGUAUUCAUCUGACUUCAUCAAUCAUUCUCGUCAAGGUAGACGGCACGUCGUCCGCACCAAAACCAAUCCCAUCCAUCCAUAUCAUCCAGUCAACUUUGGUCUAGACUGGCCUCGUCACUCGUAAAUUCUAGAGACGACCCACCCCAUCAUGUACUUCUCCUUCUCAAAUUAUAUCAUAUCUUCCCUCCUAUAUAUAUAAACGCAUCAUCAAUCGAUUUCACCAACCAGUCUAGAGACUCUAGACUUAAUUAACAUUCAUUGAUGAUCAUUAUCACCAUCUUCAUCUUCAGCUCUACCCAGUAGAAUAGUACUCUUCCACCCUCCAUGACCAUGGCCAUUCCCAUCCCUCCUUCUGACCUGCUUUUCACCUUUAAGGAGGGACGACACUACAGGUACAGCUCGCUCGACGCGUUGCAGUCCAGAAAGCCCAAUCUGCUGGCAGCGGUUUCCGCCCAGAACUCGCCAUUUUUAGGCUUUGAUUCCUCCAGAGAGCUUUUCGCUACCAGGAGGCCGGCGGCGGUGAUUGCUGGGGUCUUGUCUAGGACGACAAACGAUGACUACUCCAUGUCGUCGAUCAUCACCGAGCUUCAAAGAGAGAGGUUGCAAGAAGAAGAACAAGUGGAGGAAGAGGAGGUUACAACAGCGACGCGACCCAAGAGACGCAUAGCAGACUUCUGGCGUGAGAUCCAUGGCCAAGGCGACUGGACUGGUAUGCUCGACCCAAUCGAUCCCCUCUUGCGCUCCGAGCUCAUUCGCUACGGGGAGAUGGCACAAGCUUGCUACGACGCCUUCGACUAUGACCCUUCCUCCAGGUACUGUGGCAGCUGCCGAUUCAUGCGUCGCAAAUUCUUCGACUGUCUGGGGAUGGCCAACUUCGGCUACGACGUUUCUCGCUACCUCUACGCCACCACCAACAUCAACCUCCCCAACUUCUUCAAGAAGUCUCGGUGGCCCAAGGUCUGGAGUCGGAACGCCAACUGGAUCGGCUACGUCGCUGUUUCUAACGACGAGACCUCGGCGAGCCUCGGCCGCCGUGACAUAACCAUCGCCUGGAGGGGCACCGUGACACGGCUCGAGUGGAUCGCCGACCUGAUGGACUUCCUCCGGCCGGUUUCCUCCGACAAGAUCCCGUGCCCCGAUCCGUCCGUCAAGGUCGAGUCGGGGUUCCUGGACGUCUACACGGACAAGGACGAAACGUGUCGGUUCUGCAAGUACUCGGCCCGGGAGCAGAUCCUAAGCGAAGUCAAGAGGCUGACGCAGCAGUACCCAGACGAGGAGCUGAGCAUAACCAUGACCGGCCACAGCCUGGGUAGCGCGCUGGCGAUGCUGAGCGCUUAUGACAUAGCAGAGACGGGCGUGAACGUGACGGGGGACGGCCGGGCAGUUCCGGUAACGGUUUUCUCGUUCUCGGGACCGAGGGUCGGGAACGUGAGAUUCAAGGAGCGGGUGGAGAGGUUGGGGGUGAAGGUGCUGAGGGUGGUGAACGUUCACGACACGGUGCCCAAGGUUCCGGGAAUACUGUUCAACGAGCAUGUGCCGGAGUUGGUGCACCGGUUGGCGCAGUGGUUGCCGUGGUGUUACUCGCACGUCGGAGUAGAGCUCACGCUGGACCACAAGCACUCUCCCUUCCUCAACGGCACUGGCGAUCCCUCCUGCUUCCACAACCUGGAGGCUCUGCUGCAUUUGCUCGACGGGAAUUAGGAAAUGCUAAAAUGGAGAGAAGGAACCCAAUACACAAAGAGGCAAAGGCAACAAUAACAGCUAAGAGCCUGAAACAGUAAAAUGCAAUAAUCAAGAUGCUGCUGACUUGACAUCAGAACAUCAUCGUCAAGGGCCCAUGGUUCCUCUGCGUAAUCGUGGGACCCAGAACUGCAAGGUGUGUAACAUCCAACGGCUGGGACUGGGAAUAUCAACUUAAGAUGGAACAAGUUGCUCCUGACCGUUGGAUGGAGGAACAGAAGGAAAACGGUCAACCCAUACAAGACAGUCGCGUGGUGGGUGUUGAGACCACAUCUCCGCCCCACAACUUUCCGCCCCAUAAUGACACACAGCACAUCCCCGUGGGGCGUUGUGAGGCGGAGAUGUGAACUCGUGGGUGUUAGGCAUAGAAGUCACUAGACAGACACAGACCAGACCAGCUAUUGUUGUUAUUUUUUAUUUUUUAAUUAUUAAAGUUUUUUA